UAAAAGAAUUGAAGUAUAGCCAUCCAGCUGGUGACUGUGGACCAGAGUAUUGCAGAGUAUUUUCUAUUUUGGUGACGGUGUGGACAUCGGUGAACGUUGUCUUUGCCUUGAUGUUUUAGCUGUUCGAAUUACGCGCGUUACAACAUUACAAUGCAGAAAAAAGCCAAAAAAGCAUUUUAAAUUGUGAUCACAAUAGAAUUAAUUUGCAUUAUGAUCCGUCGGAUGUAAUUACAAAAUUAUAUUUUAAAAUUAUUGAAAUUUCCACUGUAUCGUGAGAAGCGAUGAACUAUUUGUAGUAACCUUUACACCGAAAAUAAAAUUAUGUAAUGUUAGGUCCGGUUAGGUCGGAGGACCAAGGCACACUGAAGUCCGAAUUCUGAAUUAAAUAAGAAUAUGUAGUCUACCGUGUCCUGUGAAUUAGCUUAGAAUAGAUGUGAUUUUGUAGAAGUGCCUUAACGGAAGAUUGACACUGCGUUCGUACAAAGUUUGCCUUGAGAGUAGUCUUCAUAAGUAAUACACCUUCGCGAUUUUAAGAGUAUAUGUUGGUGAUACUUCUGAAAUUUUGGGAAAUUGUGUAGUUUCUGUAAUUUUUUGACAAUUUCUUUCUACACAUUUGCAUAACAAUGUCCCUUAAAGUUUAUUUCGAUUUUCUUUCUCCGCCGUCUCGCGCAUUACUGAUGUUUUUGAAAGCAAACAGAAUUCCCUUUGAACCAAAAGAAGUAAAACUAGCUAAAGGUGAACAUUUCAAUAAAGAUUAUGCCAACAUCCACCCAUUUCAGAAAGUACCAGCAAUAAUUGAUGAUCAAUUCCAACUAAUUGAAAGCGUUGCUAUAUUAAGAUAUUUAUGUCGAGAGAGAAAUGUUCCGGAACACUGGUAUCCUAAGGAUGUUAAAGGUCAAGCAAAAGUAGAUGAAUAUUUGGAAUGGCAACAUACAAAUACAAGAAUGUGUGGUAUGCUUUUCAUGUUAAAGUGGGUGUACCCAUCAACAACUGGAAAAGCACCUAAAGCAAAAGAAGUUGCACACUGGGAAAAAUUAAUGAAUGAGGCUUUGGAUAAAAUCGAAUAUAUUUGGCUUAAAGACAAACCUUACUUAACAGGCGAUAGAAUCAGCAUAGCUGAUUUACUGGGUGUUACUGAACUUGAACAAACAAGACUGAUGCUUAACUAUUGAAUGCUGACCAAUUUUUAUUUCACUUGGUGAUUCUACGAUGAAGACUGAGAUGCCAUGUUACGAAGAUUUAAACUAUAAGUACUGAUACCAAUUAAACUUUUAAGAUUGAAUAUAAUAUUGAAGUGAAGGUAAAAAUUGUUCAGACGGUUGAAUUUGCUUAAAUUAUUAUCUGUAAAAUCUAUAAUUGAUUGUUGAUAUGUAUAUUUUUAAGACAUUUACUGAUAUAAUUAUGAUUGAAUGUAAUAUAAUGAAAUACAACAUAGUGGAAACUUCAUAAUUUUUAAUAAUAAAACACCAAAAGUUUUA